ACGAUCGAGCGGUUCGCCAGCGGUAGGGCUUGAGGUUGCGAUUGGAACUCGGAUCGGGUACGGAUCGGCGCCGGGAUUCCUUAACUAAGCUGCUUCUGUGCAGGGAGAUGAGUUAGGCCGGGCGGCAUCUCUCAAUUGAAGCCACUUAAGUUGACGGCCGAAGAUCUGUAAAGGAAAUCGCUCACUCAGCCGGAGCCGGGAUGAAUCAACGUGAUCUUUUUGCCGCGGAAGUGUUAAUUUAGCAACCAAAUAAUCCAGCUUGUAGGUUUUCGCGGCUCAAGUGCCGUCUUCCCAUCUAUCUGAAAGCGGUUAUUGUGUACCGACAUCGCCUAAGUCGUGCCUUUCUGUGGCCCGUUGCCCAAAUAAAAAUAUGUAAAUGGAAUCAUGUGUGUGCCACCGUACCAGAUAGAUACGUACAUAAAUCAGUAAUUAAGUGAUAAUUAUUUAUGGUGUGAAUUAGUCCGGACAUCGACAAAUCUCUGGCCGUCGUUGUAAAUUACUGGAAUAGCUGACAGACCCACUUGACACAGAUAACAUCCCAAUUUCGAGCUUGGGCUGCGUUCCGUCCUGAAAAUGACCUUCGCACAUCUUCUGGUGGUGCUGCUGCCACUGGUCAGCUCCGCUGCAGGCCUGAAUCUGCCCAACUUGACCUCGGCGGAUGUCGCCACGGCCGGCGGCUCCAAUAUGCCAGUUCUCUUAGGGGCGAAUCCCAACGGCAUGGGCGGCAACAAUAUAACUCUCAGUGGGGUUGCCGGCCUGCCCGGCGGCAGUCCCGGCGGACAGAUACUGCCCAGUGACUCGGGAGGCGGAAUCUCGCCGGGAGGAUCGCCAGUGGGCGGUGGGGGCAGCAGCGGAGGCGGCAGUGGCGGAGGAGGCAGCAGCAGCGCCAUCAGCGGCAACAACUCGGCGAUGAUUCAGGCGCCCAAGGACAAGCAAUAUGACAAAUGCACAGGUCCUGGAGACCCGGGACCCUGCAAGCAGUACAUCUACAAGUGGCGCUACGAGCCAGCCACCAACGAGUGCACCAACUUUAUUUGGGGCGGGUGCGAGGGGAAUCCCCAGAAUCGCUUCAGCACCGAAGCAGAGUGCCUAUUUCACUGCAUUGGCGGACCACACACUUUGCCGCCAUUCCUGCAGUCCACGACCCGGGAGCCGAGCACCACGGAAAGUUCCAUGCUCCUCGGCUCGCCGUACACCCAGAGUCCGGCGCAGGCGGCGGACGGAAUGGGCGGCGCCGAGGGCGGGGACGGCACCACCCCAGUGCCCAUCGAGCAGCGAGGCCCCGAGCUGACUUUCGCGGAGACCGGGCAGGGCAAAACUUUCGUUUUCGCGAAGAACAACACGUUCAUCCAAAUGGACGGCGACAUCAUACAGACAUUUCAAUUAAGACUUUGUCGUGAGAUUUCAUUUCAAUUCCGCACCCGACUGCCGCACGGCCUACUCGUCUAUCACAACGUUAAGAAUCCGGAUCGCAUUAUUUUGGACCCCUAUGCACUCUAUGUGAUUGUGGAGAAGGGCCAGCUGAAGGUGGUCCAUGUCUUUGGCAAGCAUUCAACGAGUGUCACUGUGGGCGAGAGUCUGAAUCGAGAUGAAUGGCACAGUGUGAUGGUGCGCAUCGAUGUCCAUGGCGCAAGAUUAAUUGCACGCGUCGACAAUAGUCAGGAAGAGGUCUAUCUGAAAGGACUGAAUCACGAGUACAACUACGGCGUCUCCACGAAUCUGCCGUCGGUGGUCCUGGUCGGAGGCCUUUCCUCGGAGGAGAAGCUGCACGGCGUGAAAUAUAUAACCGAGUCCUUUGUGGGCUGCAUCAGGAACGUGGUCCUGAGCUCCGGCAAGGCCGCCUCCGACCUCCUGCCCAUCGCCCCUCUGGUGGCCACCAAGCACGAGAACGUCAACGAGGGAUGCUCCGACAUGUGCGAUUCCCGACACAAUCUCUGCUUCGUGGGUUCCCGCUGCAUCAACCACUAUGGUGGCAUAUCCUGUGACUGCUUCGGCACCCACUACGAGGGCGAGCAUUGCGAUAUCUACACGGCCACUAUAAUCACUCUACGAGGAGCCAGUUAUGUGUCCUACCGUAUCUACGACUGGAAGGAUCGUGUACAUUCUUCAACCAUGCGUAUAAGUCUGAUAUUCCGCACCAAUUUCGAUGACUCGGCCCUAUUUUACGCCAGCGGAGAGUCCUUGAAGCAUCAGUAUAUCGCGGCUGCCAUUAAAAACCAAUCGAUUCAUGUAGAAAUGGACUUUGGCGACAAUGUGAUGAGCACUAUUCUGACGGAUGACUUAACUCGAGGGUACUGGCACAACCUGACGAUAUUGCACGAACAGCGAACGGUGAGCAUUAUCCUGGAUCAGCAGCAGAAAGUCCUGGAGCUUCCAGCAACUGCCAGCGGAAAUCUACUAUUCGACCCGGAGAUAUAUUUCGGUGGCGGACCCGAACUGCACAAGAAGAAGGGCCUGGCGUCGCACAACAACUUUGUGGGCAGCCUCAAGUAUGUCUACUACAACGACAUCUCCAUCCUGUACGAACUGCAACGGGGGAAUCCCAAAGUGCACUAUCACGGCGUGCUUGAGGCCGAGUUCGUCGAGAAUGAAGUGAAUGUCAUACCCAUCACCUAUCCCUUUGCGACAUCACACAUUUGGUGGCCCAUAAAUCACGCCGAAGAAUUUAAUAUUAAAUUCGAUUUCCGCAGCAGUCGGCCGGGCGCGGUGCUGGCCUACAGUGACGUAACGACCAGUGCCGGAAAUGGCUUCUGGGAGAUACGUCUCACGUCGGACAAGCUGAGCUUCGACCUGGUGCCCGAUGUCAAUAACAACGUUACACACUCCACAACCAUUAAAAUCAACAGGGCCACCUCAUGGCACAGCGUCGAGCUGGACUACAAACUGGGCGAGAUUCGAUUUACGGUGGAUUAUCGCCACACCCUCAGCCAGAUGUAUGGCCUAACCUUCAACAUUGGCGACAAGCUGAUCAUUGGCAGUAGCCUGAAGUCGGCGGCCAUGGGUUUGGUGGGCUGCAUCCGGGACAUCGAAAUCAAUGGCCACCUGAUCGAGCCACGGCAUGUGGUAAAAACGGAGCGAGUUGUGGGAGAGGUGGCUUUGGACAACUGCAACUACAUUGACCCCUGCAAGAGGCCCAACACCUGCGAACACGGUGGCAAGUGCUUUGUCAAGGACGAUCGCGUCACCUGCGACUGCAAGCACACCGGGUACAUUGGAAAAAACUGUCACUUCACCAAAUACAGAAAGACCUGCGAGGAGCUGGCCCUUCUCGGCUUCACCAAAUCGGACGUCUAUCUCAUCGACAUCGACGGCAAUGGAGUAUUCCCCCCGGCACAUGUCAAAUGUGAUUUCCAGAGCCUGGAGAACGCCACCAAGACCAUUGUGGAACACAACCUGCCCAGUCAAGUGGACGUUCGAUCCGCCCGUGAAAGCGAUUUCAGCUUUAACAUCCGCUACCGAGAAUUCUCACCUCACAUGCUGCAGGAACUUAUUUCGCACUCACUGUACUGCACGCAGUACAUUAAGUACGAUUGCUAUCGAGCCCAGUUGGAGCUUCACUCGGCCACCUGGUUUACGUCCUCGGCCAAAAACCUCACCGUCGACUUCCUCGGCAAUGUCAAGAGAGGCGCCUGUCCGUGUUCCGUUAACAAGACGUGUGUGGACCCGAAUCAAUCAUGCAACUGCGAUGUAAAGGAGAACAAAUGGAAUUCGGAUGAGGGUUACUACCAGGAUCCGCACAGCUUGGGCAUCACCAACAUGUACUUCCUGCAGCAGAAGGACCUCGACGAUGAAGCCCAGGGCCGCAUUACUCUGGGUCCCUUGGAGUGUGUCGAGACAAACACCCAGAAGUACGUGGUCACCUUCACAACAUCGCAGUCGUAUAUCGAGGUGCCUGGAUGGCGGAAGGGCGACAUCGCCUUCUCCUUCCGCACCACCGGCGAGAAGGCCAUCCUCCUGUUCCAGCCACCGAUACGGGCCCACUAUCCCUCCUUUAUGGUGGCCCUCACCGGCGACGACCAGCUCACGUUCACCUUCACGCUGAGCACGGGCACCACCCGCGAGCUGGUCAUUAACUCGCACCGCCGGCUGAACGGCGGCGAGUGGCAUAAAAUAUGGAUCGACUACAACCAGUAUCAUGUGCGCUUCAUGAUAAACACCGAUUACCAGAUGCUCGAUUUGCUGCCCGAGGAGGAGUUUGGACCGUUCGAGGGCAGCAUGUUCAUCGGUGGCGCCACAUUCGACCUGCUGAAGAAGCUGUCGGUUAAGGCCGGGCUUAUUGGCUGCUUCCGUGGCCUGGUGGUCAAUGGCGAGAUCCUGGACAUCUACAGCUACAUGUCGGUGCAUCUGUCGGAGAUUAUCAAGGACUGUAAGCCCUCCUGCGUGCCCUCGCCCUGCCGCAACGGAGCCCAGUGCAAGGAGCUCUGGAGCAGCUUCAAGUGCGUCUGCAACAACCCCUGGGCCCACAUUGGGGAGUUCUGUGAGACAAACAUUAACGAGAAAGCCCUAACCUUCAUCAACCGAGAGUCCUUCCUGAUGAGAAAUUACCUGAGUGUGGCCGCCACGCCCGCCGUUCUGCUGCACGGCACCGAAGGCGAGCGCGAAGUGCUCAAGGGCAUCCUCAACCAGAACCUGCUCAUCAAUCUGCGAACCUACGACACGAACGCCUUGGUGCUUUAUGCCAACGACCACUACAACAACUUUGUGCAUUUGUACAUCAGUCUGGGUCGCGAGAUUGUUUUCCUCUACAACUAUGGCGACGAGAUUGUGAAUCUCACCCUGCCGGACGACACCCUAACCACCCUGAAGAGUAUCCAAGUGGCCAUUGUUCGGGGUGAGCAGGAGACCAGGAUGCACGUUAAUCAGAAAAGUGUGAGCAUAGAUCGAGGAACCUUAUUACUGGACGAGUAUGCCAACAAGCCGUGGAGCAACCCGGAAAAAGAGGUCCUAUCGCCGCAUAGGCCGCCCGCCCCGCCCACUGAGUACUUCCAGUUCCAUGUCGGCGGCUAUGAUCCGGCGAAUUUGCUGAGGCCCAACGUGGAUGCCCCCGCACUGGAUGGCUAUAUCGGAUGUGUGCGCGGCCUGAAAAUCGGGGCGCAGUUGAUCGACUUGGCGGAAAUCAAUGAAAGGAAUAUAGCGCCCACUCAGGACGGCGUCCUGCCCAACUGCCAGAUCAUUUGCGACGCAGAGCCCUGCAAGAACGGUGGCACCUGCCACGAGCACUUCGCCGAGCAGUACUCCACCUGCGAGUGCGAGCACACCAGUUUCCUGGGCGAAUUCUGCUCUGAAGAGAAGGGAGCUGACUUCAGCGGAGAAUCGACCCUGCAGCGCAAAUUCGAACUAGGCACUGGUACAGGUCGCGUCGACUAUGUGCGCCUGCAGCUGGCCUUCUCCUCCUUCGACCUGCGCCGAGCCAAUCGCAUCAUGCUGCUUAUGCAGACGGAUGCCGAGCGGAGCUACUACCUCCUGCUGGCCAUCACCUCCGACGGUUACCUGCAGCUGGAGGAGGACCUCGACAAUGGCCAGACGAUAGGCGCGCGGAUCGAUCGGAAUUUCCUAAACAGCGCCAGGCACUCGGUCUACUACGUCCGCAACGGCACACAGGCCAGUCUGUUCAUCGAUCGCGAGCAGGUGCCUCUGUCGGACUUUGCGGCCCGGGUGCUGGCCAACGGCGGGGAUGCAGGCUCCAACCGGGUCCAGAUCGGCGGCAUCAAUAGCACGGACUCGCGAUUCGCCGUCUUCAAAAGCUACAGUGGCUGCCUGUCGAACAUCUAUAUUCAGGUGAACGGGCAUGUUAUGAAGCCACUCGAGGAGUACAUGCUGUUCACCAAGAACGGCGCCGACAACAUAACGGUCAUCAAUCCGCAGGGCGUGCGCUCCGCCCAGUGCAACGCCAAAUUCGAUGUCAGCGAACAGCCCACCCAGGAGCCGAUGGUUAAUGUCAGCAUGAUACCCGAACCCUGGGUGGAGGAGCCCCCAGCCCGCGUCCCCUACGUACCGAGAUUCGUGUACGACGAGAACAAGAAGGAGGACUCCACGCAGGUCGUCUUCCUCACCUUGACCAGCGUCUUUGUCAUCAUCGUAAUCUGCUGCCUGCUGGAAGUGUAUCGCAGCCACCUGGCCUACAAGAAGCGCAUCGAGCGGGAGACGGACGAGGACAUUAUUUGGUCCAAGGAGCAGGCCACCAAAAUGCACGAGUCGCCAGGUGUGAAGGCGGGUCGUCUGGCCGGGGUGACGGCGGGCUCCGGAAACGGCCUCCCCCCGUACUCGUACAAGGUGUUGCCGCAGGAAGACAAAAAGCCAGGCAAUGGUGCCCCUUUGGUCGGUAUUUUAAAGAACGGCAGUGCCACGCCUUCGCAGCCAGGCACGCCCACUGCCUUGUCCAAAAACGGUGACAUAGCCACCCGCAUCGAGGAGGAGCAAGAGGAGGAGGAGGACGUUGAAGUCAUUGUGGAACCUGCAUCUGAGAAAAUCACAGAGAAAGAGGAUCCUCCAAAAGAAGGACCUCAAAGGGAGGAAAAGGCGGCAGAGUCACCUGAGCAACCGUCGGCAGACACCACAGAUGCCUCUGCGGAAGGGAAUGCUCCCAAGGAGACAGAGGCAAAGGCAGAGCCAGUUGCCACCCAAAACGGACAGUCCUCGCCGAGCGAGAAGACUGGGGAGGAAGUGCCAAGUCUACCGGUAAGCAGAGGACCCAAAUUCCACGAACCCAAUGAAAACCUUAUCAGAAUGGCGCCGCUCGUCACAAUCAGCGAAACCGACUUGCAUGAGUUGAGCUGAGGGACACGGCCUUGGCAUUGGCAUGUAAAUAACAACACCCACCCAACCACACACUCGCCAACACUCACACACCCAAAACAAGUUGACGGGCAAGGGGCAUGUCAGCUCAUAAUAUAUAACAAAAGUAAAUGGUAUCCGAGUACAUAGCCCGACAGCUGUAAGGCAUGAAAUUGCAUCAUUUGCAAUUGAAAUUGCAAGGAUAUCUCCGAAGACAAACACAUUGGCACACACUUUCAGGGGCCAUUAUUUGGACAGGCCAUGGGGGACAUUAGUGCAGUCAGGUUGUUCAAACAAAACGUUGUAAUGUCAAGUACAAUCAGGGUAACACACUGCCAGGAAACCACUGGUAAUUGCAACUCAUGGGGAUUAUCACCGAGAGCAAAUGGAGUAUUAAUAUUUAACCAGUUAAUCGGAUUUUUGUUUCUGUUUGCCCUUUUCCACUAAUUAGAAUUCAUUCAGCGUUUGAAUUUUUAAUUUCGGAAAAUUGUUGGAAUUCUUGUUGGUAAAUAAAUUAUUGAAUUAAUAAAUAAACAGAUAACUUUUUAGUUUAGAAAAGUAAAACGCAGGCAUUAGUCAAGUGACCUACAACCCUACGAAUAUAUUUCACAUUAUUCUAAUUAUAAUCUAUAACCAUACAUUUAACACUAGCAUGUCCUUAACUUCAUGAAAUGUAUAUGUACCCUCUCUGUGGAGUAUUUCGGAUUGUUUACCCCACAUGUGGAUAAAUACUGCCUGGCGGCAAUUAUCAACUUCCGAGAAUGUUCCGUUUAAUUAAAUAGCAUUUAAUUGAAUUUAACUAAAUAAACAAAGCAUGGAAAAAUGU